GGGCAAGAGUGCGAGAAGGUUACUACGUGGAAGGUUUAUUUUCCUUUGUGUGUAUAUUUUGUUCGGUUCACAUUUGAAAAUUUCGAUUAUUGGCGAUUUUGGACAAGACAAUAAGUUAAAAUGGAUAUUUCACCUCCGCCGACUAAGCCUCCUCGAGGUGUGAAAAGCCCGAGAGAAACUAGUGGGUUUCUUAUGCAUGUAAUCAGAACUCUAUCCACCAGCGAAUCAAACGAACAAAGAGAACGGGAAAAGGCCAAACUUGAAAGGGAAUACAAGAAGAGCGAUCAGCAAUUAAACGAGUUGGUCUCACUGCACAAACAAGACCUAACACAAAUCAUGCAACUUUUUGGAAAGGUUUCUUUAGCGAUUAUGAGCACAAGGGACAAACUUCAUGGAAUGAAGGAAACAUUGGUAGCCUGUAAAAUGUUGUUGAGUUGCAGAAGGGACGAAUUGAAAAAAUUAUGGCUGGAAGGAGUUGAACAUAAGCACACGCUGAAACUGUUGGAAGAGAUUGAACAAUUGAAAGAAGUUCCUAUAACGCUGAGCACACAUUUAAAUAGCAAGGAAUAUAUGAAAGCCACUCAACUUCUAGCGUCUUCUUUGAACAUAGGCAAUGGAGCCUUGGAAGGCGUCGAAGCGCUUCUUGAAGUUAAAAAUGAGCUGCAUUAUAAAAAAGAGAAACUUUACCAGCAGCUUUUGAGAGAAAUAUCACACAUCGUGUUUGUUGAGCCUACGAAUGAAUUGAACCAUUUCGUAAGAGAAAAUGGUUCUAUCAGGGGAAAGUCCAAUUGGUGCAAGAAGAUUUUGGAAAUGUCUGAAAAGCAAUAUAAAAGGCAUAAUGAUUCUGGCGAGAUUAAUCACGAAGAUGAAUUGGCAGUACUUGUAGAAUGUUUAGUUCUUUUGAACAAGUUACCAGAAGCAGCUGAGAGCAUCAAAGGAAAUAUGCAAGCUGAAAUUUUGGGCGUUAAUUACAGAGUAGCUAAGGUUACAGUGAUGAAUUCGAUUGAAGGUGUUCACCCUUUGCUCGACCUCUUAGAAACACUGACAGAACAAUUGAGAAAAGUCACCGCAAGAUUUGCAGCUUUGAUUAAUUGUUUUCAGCUCUCAGCAAAAUCGCACAAUAUCAAUUCAGUGUUGUUCAAACCGUCGGACAUAUGGAAUUCUAUUCAAGAAGUGUUGCAACUUCUCCUCACGGAAUAUCUUGAUAUUCAAAAUAGUACGAAUGAAUCUCAACAGACUGCCACUUAUCCCGAACCGAUAGAGGAUAUUUCUUCUUAUUUUGCUAGAAGACGAAUACCAAGAACUAGGCAAACACAACUUUUUAAAUUUGAAUAUUCAUUACAUUUUAUAACACAGAUGAAGGAACAACCAUCUUCCAACCUAUCACUUACAUCUUUUUCAGAAAUUAAGAAGAAGGACAAAGUUCUGGUUUGCUCGCCAGACCCAAUGAAUAUCACAAUAAUAUUCACCUCUCUACAAAAAUUUAUCGAAGAAAUCGAACAAGCUGUUGGUACCGAAGCCGGGGUCCCUUGCAAGUUGAAUAGGUUUGUAAAUGAUUACGUCCGUGAAGUUUUUAUUAGUAGAGAACACCAAAGGAUAUUAUUGAAAAUUGAAAGUGCUACAAAAUCCUCAGAUGCCUGGCGGACACCGACCUCGUCACAGGAUACUGUUGACAUGGCACUCGUCAGACCACUACUACAAAGCACAGUCCAAGUAAGCAAUGCCAUGAAAGAAUUAGAAACACUUCUCGAAAACUUGCCAUUACACAAGGAAGAAGUUUUGGAAAUACUUGUCAGUUUAAUAAAAGGGUACACUGAAACUUGCUAUGCUGCUUACAGAGGUAUGGUUCAGCCUGAGCCAGAAGAUAAAAGACUAUGCAGUGUAUCAUGGUUGAAAGAUGAGGACAUUAGCAGGUUUUUAAAAUCAUUACCAAACUGGCUUGAUUUGCAAGCUCAGAAGCCUCUCCAGAGAACUGGCCGACCUUUAAAAAGAGAAGAUACAGGUGAAGAAGAGAGCCCCGAAGAAGUCAGACAAAGAAAUAUAAAAGAAGCUGAAAUUCUUAUGGCGAAUUUAGCAGAAGGUGGGAUUGGACCUCAUGAAAUUAUAUCAGACCCAUUCCAAUUAAAAUGCCUGUCGCUGCUCCAGGAAAGCAUGGAUUGGUUUGCUUGGAGAGUUCUACAGAUAAAUGGGCGAUUGAAAAAGGCCAUGGGCAAUGCUAAUGACAAUAAUACAAAUACAUUAGCACUAUUCACAUCUUCUUUGAAUAACCUGUCUCAUGAAUUUGAAGAACUUGCCAACACAUGUUUGUUAAUGUUGCAUUUAGAGAUACGAGUUCAGUGUUUCCAUUACCUAUUACCUAGAAAUUGGCAUUCUAGCAAAAUGAAUGGGACCUCUCAAGAUCCAGAUCCUCGGGUCCUCGAUCUCAGCCGUGUUCUAGUCUCAAUCGAUGAAGCAUUGUCUUCCUGUCUUCAGUCUAGAAAAAUAAAAUACAUAUUUGAAGGGCUUGGACAUCUGAUAGCUAAGAUCAUAAUGAGCGCUACCCAAUAUAUGGACACAAUAGAUGAAGGAGCUAUUCACAAAAUGUGUAGAAACAUAUUUACGCUCCAGCAAACCUUAAGCAAUAUCACCAUGACCAGAGAUUUAGCUUUAGACCACGCAAGAAGAUAUUUCCAGUUGUUUUUCCUAUCUCCAGAGGAAAUCUUGAAUGAAGUCCUGGAGAAAGGGCCAGUUUACACAAAAACGGAAUACACCAACGCUUUUCAUCUCAUAUGCCGGACGUACACAGAUUCUGAGGAUCAGAAUUCAUUACAGAGGCACUUACAGAGGCUCUCUGAUAUAUUAGGGGAAGCAGGAGUAACCGUAUAGAAUGUCAGGAAUGAUGUCAAAGACUAGUUUGAACAUAUUGUGAUGAGAGGAAGAGAAAUUUUGGACUAACAAUAAUGUUUUACAAGGUGUUAUGUUGUAAGGAUUUACCAGCUGAUUUAUAAGUUGGUUACAUUUGCCGAUUUAUAAGUUGGUUACAUUUUUUUCAGCUAGAAGAGUACCAUCUCUCUAAUUUUUUUUAAAAAAUUGUGCAAAUUUUGUCAUGUAAAUCUUUACAACAGUAUUUGUUGUCCUGAAUUGAUCUCCUGUUCUAUUUCCUAAAAGAAAGAAACAUAUAAAUGAAAUAAGCAACUAUUUUUGUACCAAAAUAAUAUUUAUAUAAGUGUUAAUGUAACAAAUUAAUUAAAGUAAUAUCCAGAAUAAAACUUAGCGUGAUAAGUGAGCUGGUGAUGCACUGCUAUAGUUUAUUGUUAUUAUUUUAAUUUUAUUGUAUUGUAUUAUAACCAAUUGAUCCAAGUCUGAUAUUCAUCGUCUAAGGAAUUUAAAUUUAUGUAAUCAAAAUCGAUAAUUGAUAAUUGGGAUUAUAUACACACUCUUACUAGUCUUGGCCGAAGCUGUGUAUAAACAGUAUUAAUUUAUUUUAUUAAACAAUUUAAUUUAUUCUGUGAAUUAGCACCUUGCAAUUUUUGAUACACUUUAUUUUAGGAUUCUUUUCUAAAUAACAGUUGGUUUUCGAUUUUCAUUUUAGACACAUGAUUUUUCACGUUGUUUACAUAGGUAAAAAAAUUUUCGAAAAAAUUAGAAGUUGUUUUAUGAAGAAUUUAAACUUCCUUUUCUUUAACAAAAAAAUGUUCAGACUUGGAUUUUAAAUAUAUAUUUAAAUUGGUUUAUAUCUUUUAUUAUGUUUGUAAUGGAAUGUAUUUAAUUUAUUAUUCAAUAUAUGCCCUGAUUUAAUGUCAUGAUGGCACAGUUGUUUAAUUGUAUAAUUUGAGUUUUGCAAAUUCUCUUCUUUUCCUUUUUUUUAGAACUUUUAUAUAAACCAAUUUUUAUAAUAGUAAAUAUCAUGUGAUUUAUCUAAGCAGUUUGUCUUCCAUUGUAACAUAAAAAUAAAUAUUUAAAUGAAAAGAGAUAACGGAUAAUUAAAAUGUCUGACAUGAAAACAAUAUCAUCUGUUGAGUUUAUUUAUCAUAGUUGUGACACAGUAUAUUCUUACUUUGUGAAGCUCCUCAAAAACCCAAUUUUGAAUCUCGUUUCUAACUUCAUUCAUCUGAUCUAGUAUUAUCAUUUAAGUUUCUUCAAUUUGUUUGGUAUCCAGGCUGUUCAAAAUGUGAUAGUUUAACAAUCUUGGAUCAGUUGUAGAAAUUCUUGUUUUAAAUAUAGUCAUUGAAUUAGUUAACUUUUAUGAUUGAUUUUCACUUUUCACCUUAUCUGUGUAAACAAUUACAAUCAUUUUAAUUAUAAUUAAUUUUUUUUGUUAUUAUUAAAAAUAUUGUUUAACAGCAAGUUUAUGUAAAGUUCAAGUCAGUGUCAUGAAGAUUGUGUUCAGGCUAAUAAGAGAAGUAUAUCUUUUUUAGUGAUAAAUUUUGUAAAUAUAGUAUUUAAAAAUAUAAUUUAAUGUUAUCCAUUACUGCCUUUGAUUUAAACUAAAUGUUUAAAUGUAUAUAUGUUUAAUAUUU